AUGGAUAAAACAAAACAAAUCGAAAAGUCAUCCCAGCUGAAUAAGCAGCUCAAUACACUUCUUAGUGGAUUCGAAAAAAAUAAGGCAUGGUCAGAUAUUGGUACUUGGCUCUAUAAGGUUGAGCAAGCUAUGAAGGAAAACCCAAGUCCUUAUAUAAGCGAAAAGCUUUCUUUGGCAAAGAGAUUAGCACAGUGUCUUAAUCCAGUCUUGCCAUAAGCUAUUAAUUUGCAGACACUUAAAAUUUAUGAGCUUAUCUUCGAAAAUAUAAAAAUAGCUUCCCAAGGCAAUGUAGAAGAAUACAAGAAGAUGUUCUGUGAAGACAUUGGUAUUUACAGUGUUGGUCUCUUCCCCUUCUUUUAGAAUGCUCAUUAAAAGAAUAAACAUCAAUUCUUAGAAAUUAUUCGUAAUUAUUACAUACCUGUAGGAAGAGAUUUGAUACCAUGUCUUCCUGGUCUUGUGCUAUCUAUACUUCCUGGUUUAGAAGAGUAGAGCGAAAUUUUAAUUAAAGAUGUUACCAAAACUUUAGAAGCCAUCAUGACUUCCUGUGGUAGAAGAUACUUUUUAGGUAGUGUCUGGAUGGGUAUCAAGAGAACUCAAAGAGGAAGAGAACACGCAAUUAAGUUUUUGACCAAGCUCCUUCCCAAAGUUAAAUAUGAAGAAGAUGAAGAAGAAAAUUAAGAUGCAAGCGAUAAUUCUUCAAAUUUUUCAGAGGAUAAUUAUGAAGAAUUUGAUGAGACUAAGUUUAAAGAGCAACAGAAAAAAGAAUAGACAUAAACUGUGGAAUAGACUCCUGUCAAGCAAAACUAAUCGCCUAAAUUUUAAGAGCAACAAGCAGAGUAAGCAGAUCAAGUAGAUCAUGAUUAAUAAAAUAAUUAGGUAGAAAUUCAAGAUGAAGAAAAAAUCGCAUAAGACUUGAUUUAAUAAGCUUAAGCUGAAGCAGAAAAGCACUUUUAAAGUAUGUUAGAAGGAAAUGAAGAAAACUAGGAUUAGCAAGAAUAGCAUCAAGAAGAAUAGUAGCCAUAAUAACCAGUAGAAGAAUAAGAAGUAGAAGAUGAUUAGUAAUAAAAGUAACUUAACAGGCAAUAAGCUGAUGAAGAAAUCCAAAAGAGCUUAGUUGCUUCAUUAUAAUAAUAGCAAUAAUUAUAAUAAUAAUAGCAAUAAUUAUAAUAAUAAUAAUAAUAAUAAUAGCAGUAGUAACAAUAAUAGCAAUAGCAAUAGGCAGCUACAUCUACAAGCACUGCCCCUGUUAGUGCAGCUAAAUCACUUACUGAUCAAAAACUAAAUAUUUUAGAAUCUACAUCAGAAUAAAAAAAGGGUGGUAAGAGCGCUUUGGAAAUAGCAUUUUAACAUGAAAUCGCUCCUAAGAUAGCUAAAAAAUAAGAUUUCACUAAUACUUUCUUUGUGCGUGACAAUUUGAAAUACAUUGAGGAAAGCAUAAAUGAAAAUGAUGACAACAAUAAUUUCCCUAACAAAAGCUCUUUAAUUAUUAACACAAUUUUAUCUUGUUUUGAAGACGAAAAUUAAAUUGUAAGAAGAAAUAUUCUUGAUUUAAUGUAUCACCACUUAAGGAUAAAUCAUAGAAUACUCUCUAGAGAUGAUUAACUAAUUUUAGUUGAAGGUGUGCUUUAUUUGUUAAUUAGAAAAGAUGUUUCAGUUACAAGAAGAGUCAAUGUUUGGCUUUUUGGAAAACCAGAUAUGGACAACAAGUACACAAUAACUAAAAGCAGAGAAUUUGUAGUUGAUUUGUUGAUUGAUGCUUUCAAGAGAAUUUUCAGUGUAGAGCCUUAAGAUAAGGUAGCUGCUUUAUAGCCAAUUAAAAUUAUGCAAUAGUUCUACAUGGAACAUGAAAAUUUAGUAGAAAUUACUCUUAGCAAAUUAGCUAUCUCAUUUGUCAAAUAUGUUUACACUCACACAUAGAAUAUGCAAUUUUCAGCUGAUGUCUUAAAGAGUGGUAUUAGAUUUAUGGAAAAUAUCUAAGGACAGCUUAAUUCUUUAUUGAAGAGUAUCUCAGAAGAAGCAGUUUAACUUUUAAGAGAGAAGAAAGAUGAUUAAUGCUUGGAAAUUAUUAAUCUUAUUGAGUUUACCUAUGAAAAUCUUCUUGCUUCUGAAGAUUCCUUUGAUCCUAUGUAAUAAAGAGAUUGUAUUAAGGAAACUUUGUCAAGAUUAUUUAUCUCUUUAAGCUAUCUUGAUGAAAAAAAUAUCCAAGAAUUCCAUUCACUUGAACCAACUUUGAAGGUUAUUUACAAGCUUAUGCUUAAAUUAGAAAGUGCUGAAGCAAAAAUUAAAGCAAUCGAGAAAAAAGAAAAGAAAUAAUUAGAAAUUACAAAUGAAUAAAAAGAAAUAGCAUAAUAUCUUGAUGAAUGCUCUGAAAAAUACUUUAAUUUCUAUGGUAAACUCAGUAACGAGUUAGAAAAUUUCAAGUCAAAUAAUAUCUACAAAUUAGCUUCUCAGAGCUUAGUUAAGCUCUAAAAGUUCUUGUUCGACAAAAAGAAAAUGACUCAGCUUCCUUAAUGGUUUAAAUGCAUCUCUCAAUCCAUUAAAAUUACUAAUCCUAAUCUUUCUCUUAUUGCCAUUGAGUCCAUGAUUGAAAUUAUGAUUUCCGAAAAAAUUGAUCCCAUCUAUGAGUAAUUGAAAGUCCUAAUUAUUGAUGAAGCCAAGCUAAAAUACUCUAAGAAAAACGAACUUGUAGCUGGUAAUGAUUACACUAAAUUGACUCUAGAAAAGCUCUGGAGUUUACUAGAUUUCUAGCAUUUCUACGAUAGAAUCAUCGAUUUAAUUAUCUAUUUCUCCAAAUAUUUCCCACAAUACUUUAAAGAAGUUGUAGUCAAUAGUUUCCAAGCUGUCUCUAUUACUGAAAAAGAAGCUUCAAUUAGAAGAUUUGCUGUUUUCUGGAGAUUAACAGCCCACCACAAAUCAAAAUUACUCCUUUCUGAGUUAAAUAAAGUUGGUCUUUUUAUUAUGUUAGACUUUUUAGAUCAUGAUAAUCCUUUAAUUAGACAUGCUUCUAAGAAUUGGUUGAUGGAGAGUGUCCCUCAAUUUUACAGAAUUAUUGAUCCUUUGUUUGAGGUGCUUCUGUAAGCUAAUAGCAGCUGGUAUGUUACUGAUAGCUACUAAGUUUUUUAUACUAAAAUUUACGAGACCACUCGUGCUAAUGAAACUUUCAGAAAAUUAAAGAGCAUUCUAAUUAUUGCUAGUGACGUUUUCUUAAAGUACAUUUCUUCUUAUCAGUUGAGCCCACUUCUUUAGGAUAUGAAGUCCCACUUUACUGAUAAAAAUCAAGCCGUUUUACUUAGAAAGCUUGGAGCUACUAUGAGCUAUUUCAGUACAAUUAAUCCUAAUUUGAAUUCUUUAGAUAUGACUAGUUCACAAUCUACAGCUGUAAACGAUAAAAAGGUUACUGACUUAAAGAUGACUUACUUAGAUUUGUUGAUAAUUGUUUGCCUUCGUUAUAUUUAAGGAUAAGCUUUGGAAAGUUUGUCAUUGAAAUUCUAAGUUGAAAAUGCUGCUGUUAAUGCUUCUGCAUGUGAAUAUAUGGAAUUAUUAAUUACUCAUCUUGAAGAUGCUCCAUUAUGUUUGGCUCUUUGUGAGUAUCUCAUGGAGCCUCUUUUGACUAUUUUAGGUCACUGCAUUACAAACAGAGACUACGUCAUGCAAGUACAAUUACUGAAUGUUUUUAGAAUAAUAUUCUUCCAUUCUUCGUACAUAAAGAAGAAUAAUACUGAAGAAAUCAAAUUUAAACUUGUUUAAACUCUUUCAAAUAAAUUAUUUAUUCCUAACAUUUUGAAAGGUUUAAUGACUUCUAUCCCUUACGUUAGAUCUUAAUUUAUUUCAUUUAUCAGCGCUUGUAUUCCACUCUUGAGUACAUAUUUAGCCUCUAACCAACUAACCAGUAUUAUAAAGUCAAUUAUGUUUACCUACUUUUCUUUGAUCAAGCACUUGGCUACUACUCCUGCUCAAGAUAACGAUGAAUCUAUGGUCACUAUAAGCAAAACUUAAAUUAUUAAACAGCCUUCAUUGAUUAAACAAAAUAAAACCGUUAUUCUCAUCCAAACUUAGGAGGUAGUUAAGGAAGACUCUAAUAUUUAUGAGAUACACACAGUUUUAGAAGGUGUCAGAACUAUUCUCUAAUUCUUCCUUAAAAUUAGAACUCUUGAAGAAAUUGAAUCUAGUAAAAAAGAUCAAAGCGGUGGAUUUGCUAACCUCAUGAAAACUGUACUCACACUUGGUUUAGCUGGAAGUGGAAAUGCUAAUGACAAAGACAAAGAUGGCAAAGCAUUCUUUGAGAAAUAUCCUGAUACUUGUAAGAGUUUGCUAUAUGAUAUCAAGUAAGUCGUUGAAUUGUUUAUUAACAGUUGGCAAACAACUCCAGAAUUUAUUACUGAAUUCACAAGUUAUGGUAUCAGACCUUAUGAACAAAAGAAAUUCAACUCAUUUAAUAAUUUAUUGAUGGACAUGAUCAAAAAUGCUGAGAAUGAUAAACAGAGAGUUAAAAUUUUAAUUAUUUCUAUUAUCAAACCUUUGGUAUAUGAAUUCCCUAACGAUAUGAUGAAUUCCUUUUUACUUUUAUGGAACCGUAGCUGCAUGACUGACCCACCAAAUGCCCACAAGGAUUUCAACUAAAACGAAUUCUUAAAGAAAAUGAUAGAAAUGAUAACUAUUUUAAAUAUUCCCAAUGAACUUUUCUUAGAAUCAUUCUAUCAAAGCUUUAUCAGUGAAAUCAUUCAAAAAUUCUACCAACAAAAGAACACUAAAGAAAAGAAAAAUGUUUACUUCUUAAACUAUGAAAUUGCUCAACACGAGUCUAAGCUCCUUUACUUCCUUUACAUAUAUCUUUCAUAUACUUACAUUGACAGCAAUAUUCUUAAAAAAGAAAACCUUCUACUAUUCUGGAACAUUAUCCUUAAAAUCUUAAAAAUAUUCUAACCCUCUAAAAAUCCUAACACUGUGAUGUGGAUGCUUGAUCUUUUGUACAUGUUGAGUGAAAAGUACUCUCCAAAGGAAAUUUUAUCAGAUAGUAAGUUCAAGAAGGAAUUGCACGAUUUGAUAAAUGAAAAGCUUUCUUACUUGUCUGGCUGGAUUGCUAACGUUUACUAAGUCAAAUUUAACGAACCUUCUGCUUAAACUUAAUAGUCUUUGAAUAAUGCAGUUGAUUAACACAUGAAGGAAAUGAUUGUACAGAGCUUACAAUAAUAUAGAAUAAUAUCUCCUUACUCUCCUACUUUUUACGAAAUUAGUUUAUCAUUUUACAGUCAAAUACACAUUUUAGAGCAUGCCCCUAAAAGUAUUGCUAACUAGAUGAAGGAAUUGUAGAUGAAUUAAUUGGAUCAAUUCAUCUUUGAUCGCAUUGAUACUGUUGACGAAAAUGCUGUUUAUGAUAAAUACAGAUUAAUUUGUUUGGAAACCCUCAAAACAUUGUCUCUUGAGUUACUCUAAAAUACUUACUCUCCAGAAAGAUAGGACAGAGUUGUCGUUCGUGUUAAGGAGUUUGUUGAUCCCUUAUAUGCUGUUAUUGAAAACAAAGGAAGCACAAAUUCUUACUUCCUUGAAAGUACUUCAGAGCUCAUUUGUAGCUUGAUCGAGAAAGCUCCUUCUCUCUUGAUUAAAGAUUUCAGAAAAAGUAUCUUAGAAAUGUUUAACAAAGAUAACUUCUUCUCUUGCAAUAAGGGUACUUUGCGUUACUGGGGAAAAAUUAUAGAUUAUGUUCUUACUCAAGAUAAAUCUAAUGACCUUUUCAAUGAAUAUCUUGAAAAAGUAAGUCUUUCUGCUGGUUUCUUUGCUCGUGAAUAGAAUGAAAACAAAAAGAAAAUAAAGGCUUUCAAAAGAACUUGCUUUAUCAUCUUUUCAGGUGCCAAGGACAAAUAUGCCAAUCGUUUACGUAAACUUUUAGACAGUAUCGCAGAAGUCAUUAAAACAACUGAUAGCUCUUAAUCUUCUUUGCUUAUAUUAAUUCUUUUCUGCAUUCGUAUAUUGAUUCUUCGUCUAUCUCAAAGCAACUUAAAUGAACUCUUCAGACAAAUCUGGCCCAUUUUGCUUACAUUGUUGAUUCAAAUAUAUUCAAAACCACUUCCUGGUCAACCUCCCCGUAAUCCUAACUUGAUGCUUGCUGGUUUGAAAUUAAUUGAAAUUCUCUCAGUUGCUCAACUAGAUGAGUUCUUCUUGCAUCAAUGGAUGUUUAUUUUUGAUUAUUUCGGUCUUAAAUUAUAACCUUUGUCCUAAUAAGAGCGUGAAAACCAAAUCAGAUUAAGAGGCUAAAUGAAUGAAGCAUAGCUAAGAUAAUAUGCGAAAAUAUCUCCUUUCUACUUCUAGCCUUUCGUUUCUACUUGUCUUAAUGAGUAGGAUUUAGGAGUUAAGUAUGUAAAUCAACCAAUAGAUGAAUCAGAAUAAUCAGAAUAAAUUACAUAUCAAAAGAAACAACGUAAAUUAAUUAUGACUUAAUGUAAAGUAGAUGAUGAAAAUGAACUAAAGAGCCAUGCUUUAUCUCUCUGUCAAUAUUUAAUUUCAAAUAACGAAAACCGUACAGAAAUAGACUUUAACUCAAUCGAAGCCUUGAUAGAGGAUGACUUCAUCAAUUUAGAUGAACACAUUUUGAAGGUUUGA